AAUUGAAGGGGAAAGAACUUGCAGACACUCUAGCAACCGCCCUCCCUUCUCAAGUCGGCGGCUCACUGACAGCGGGGGGCCCGACAAUCCAAGGCACCAAUGAAGCGCUCUCACACACCUCCUGGUGCACUAGUAAAUGGUGCCUUGCACUCUCUCUCCCGUGAGCUGGGUAAGGGCAGUGCUGUUAUGUUGUCUGCCGCUGUCCUGGAGCUGCCCAACCCUGGUGCCCGGAUGCCCACCCAGCAAGUAAGCUCCCGGGGAGCCUCAGUCAGCGAAUACCCACACACAGACGGCAAGUCUGGGGGGACAGUCAAAGUUUAUCUUCCCAACCAGCAGAGGACAGUGGUGAACGUGCGCCCUGGUAUGACCGUAUAUGAUUCUCUGGACAAGGCAUUGAAAGUGCGAGGUCUGAGCCAGGAAUGUUGUGCUGUGUAUCGCCUGAUACAGGGCCGGAAAGCCCUGACAGAUUGGGAGACAGAUAUCACACCCCUAGUGGGAGAGGAGCUGAUGGUGGAGGUUCUGGCAGAUGUUCCUUUAUCCAUGCACAAUUUUGUCAGAAAAACACAUUUCAACCUCGCAUUUUGUGACUUCUGCCUUAAAUUUCUGUUCCACGGCUUCCGCUGCCAGACCUGCGGCUACAAGUUUCACCAGCACUGCAGCAGUAAGGUGCCCACAGCCUGCGUGGAUAUGGCCAAGCUCCCAAAGCCACUGACGCCUCUCAGCUAUCAAGACUUCCAGUCAUAUUAUGAACAUCCCACUGUCCACACGCCCCUCAGUCCCCAGCCACCCAGCCCCCGGACACAGCACCCCGGAUCCGCUUCCUUUUCAUUUCCUGGUGAGGGACAGCCACUGCAGAGACAUCGCUCCACCUCCACCCCCAACGUUCAUAUUGACAGCACCACUGGCCCCGUGGAUAACUCCAUCAUUGAGGAGGCGCUGAGAAGUGCAGCAGUCACACCUGUCGAUGGUCCCCCUAAGAGUGCCCAGCCUCGUGGAAGUAAAUCUCCCCAAACUAAGUCACCAUUAGAGGCAACACGAGAGAGGAAGACGUCUGCGUCUGAUGAGAAGAAGAAAGUGAAACAGCUUGGUUACCGAGACUCCAGUUAUUACUGGGAGGUGAAUUCCAGCGAGGUGAUUAUCCUGAAGCGCAUUGGCACAGGCUCCUUUGGCACCGUGUACCGAGGGAAAUGGCACGGAGACGUGGCUGUGAAGAUCCUGAAAGUGACCAACCCCACAUCGGAGCAGAUUCAGGCCUUUAAGAACGAGAUGCAGGUUCUCAGGAAGACUCGGCAUGUCAAUAUUCUGCUGUUCAUGGGCUUCAUGACUCGACCUCAGUUUGCCAUUAUUACCCAAUGGUGCGAGGGAAGCAGUUUGUACCGGCACCUGCAUGUCAUUGAAACGCGCUUCGAUAUUUUCCAGCUGAUCGACAUUGCCCGGCAAACGGCACAAGGCAUGGACUAUCUCCAUGCCAAGAAUAUUAUCCACCGGGACUUGAAGUCAAACAACAUUUUCCUGCAUGAGGGACUGACGGUGAAGAUUGGUGACUUUGGCUUGGCCACAGUGAAGACCCGUUGGAGUGGAUCUCAGCAGGUGGAGCAGCCGAGUGGAUCUAUUCUGUGGAUGGCUCCAGAGGUGAUUAGGAUGCAAGAGAACAGCCCCUACAGCUUCCAGUCAGAUGUAUAUGCCUACGGGGUGGUUCUGUAUGAACUCAUGGCUGGACUGUUACCCUAUGCAAAUAUCAACAACAGAGAUCAGAUCAUUUUUAUGGUGGGACGCGGUUACCUCACUCCUGACCUCAGCAAGGUGUCCAACAAUUGUCCCAAGGCAAUGAAGAGGCUUCUUGUAGACUGCAUGAAAUUCAAGCGAGAAGAGAGGCCCCUUUUCCCACAGAUCCUCUCCUCCAUUGAGCUUCUGCAGCGAGCUCUGCCUAAAAUAGAGCGCAGUGCGUCCGAACCUUCCCUGCACCGGGCUGUCAACUCCGAGGACCUCAACCCCUUCCUCAUAAGCACCCUCCGACUCGUGCCUCAGUGAUGGCCACUUCACUAUCGGGGGUUGUUAUAGGGGGGCUUCUCCCUGCCAAGCGCUCACCUGUCAACCUGUACACCACCCAGGAAGAAGAUGUUUCUGGGGACACUUCUACCAGAUUUGGUGCCUCAUUUAGGAAAGAGGGAAUUGUAAACUGUGUGUGGGUGUCAGGAUUGUCUUUCUUCUGCUUUAUACUGUGUCUCACUGGUCCGUGGCCGGCCGCGGUGUAUUACUGUCACUUUCUUCUUCAAGGCCAUAGAGGAUUUCUGCAUUGGAUGGGGGGAACCUAAUCCUUGUGAGUCAGUAUCCUAGAACUGUCCUCAUCAGAUUAAGGGUAAUUGUAAUGAUAUACGAUGCACAGACAGGCCAAAAAUAAACAGGCACAGUCCACAGAGCUCAUUCAUAGCUGCAACCAAUGGCUUAGCACUCCUUGAUCAUGUGACCAGAAUUCUCUCGAUAAUUUUGCAAUUAUUAAUGUCUCGAGUGCAACAGUGUAGCUGAGGGCAGUCUAGCUGCAAGUCUGCACAAAUCCUGCCGCCAAGCAUGGGGCAUGUGGGAUAAGCAGCACUGCUAUACAUAAUAUAUGAUAAUAUAGAAUGAUGGGAGUUGCACCCUACAAUGUUAGUAUUUGGGACACACGCUAGAAGGAGAUAUGUGUGGUUCUAGGCUGUGUGCCUGGCACCCAGAAGCAGCUCUGUAGAUGUGCAUGGGGGUCCCAGUAGGACAUUCUUAGUCCCCUCCCCAGCCAUGGAAUAACAAGAGGGUUAGGGGGAGAAGGAGGACGCCUCCCAUUCUCAAUACUGUCUGCAGCUGAAUGAUGUGCCUUUAGAACAAAUAAUAAAUCGUUUGCUUCUUGUAAUGUGAGCGGCCCAAUAGUCCCAAUAGAUGUACUGUUGCUCUUUAUGCUUCCCAGCGCCACAGGGGGGCACCACAGUUCAACCAACACUUAACCAAUCAGAUGAAACCCCUUGUUGUUGCCAUAUAUGAUUGUGAGUGGUCACCAUGUAUGGCUCUGACACUGCCCCCUGCUUUGGCUCCUAACCAUCUCUAACCAACCAGGAAUGCACUUUGGAUAUUUGUUAAAAAGACGUUUAUCCUGGAGGGGAAGAAAAUGCCGUUGUACAAGGCAUCCAUCAUCUCCUGCCACAUACAGCUAUUUAUUGCUUGGAAUCAAACGUGCCUCAACGCAACAACCCAAACAUUCUUUCUUAAUGAAAACAGUCGCACGGCAGCCAAUCAGGAGGCCUAACUGGGAUUUUUAUACGCAACAAACCUCAUGAGAUCAUUGCAACUUGUACGGUGAAGGAAAUAAGUGGGAAAUUGCAUUUGAACAUAAGGAAGUGUAAUAUAUAAUUUUAAAUAAAGAUAUGUUUGGUGUAA